UUUGGUGUGUGUUCUCGGGCCGCAGCAGGCCCUGCACUUUGGUUCCGGCCCCCAGUAACGGGGACCGGUUCUGUUUUACACAGGAAACACACCGCCGUCCCCGACACUGCAAGCGACCUUCCACUCGUCCAGUUUACAUUUUUUAUUGUUGGAUUUGCUUUUGGACAGACCAACUCCCUUAGCUAUACCCUCCGGUUUCUAGUUCCCCGAGACUUCCAACGAGUUUGCUUCGCCAGCGUUUUGCAACGACCCUUUGACAGGGCUGAUUUCAACCCCGGUGGGCGACGGAAAACCGCAGGCGCCCUCGUCCCCGGCCCCGCCUGCGGAGUUCCCUCCGACGGCGGCGAGGUCGCCCGGGCCGCGCCUUCCCUCGCGCCUGGUGAAGUCACCCCGCUCGCGGCGAGCACAUCGGCGGGAAGCCGGGCCCUCGGGAAGGGGCGAGGCCGCCGCGACGCCCGUGGUUUAAAUUUGCGCGUCCCCUUCGCUGAGGCGUCUCUCGAGGUUGCCCGGUCCGGCCACGGCCUGGGCCGAGCUGAGGACCAGCCCGCGAGGGGUAAACGUCCGCGAGCAGGCCCGAGGCCCCGCGGUCGGUCACGCGCCCAGCGCCUCAGGCGCCGCAGCCGGCCGCGGGGAGGCCGGGGCUCCCCCGCCUCAGGGGAGCGCUGCGGGGCGGGCCUGGCGGCAGAGGGCAGCGUGCGCGGGGCGGGGCGGGAGGCAGGCAACAAAGGGUUUUUCCCGGGCCGGCGCCGAGCCCGUGCGCGCCCCCGCGGCCCGCAGCCCUGGGCCCGCCGCCGGCGGGGAGCCGCCCCCACCCGGGCGGAGGGAGGCGGUGCCUGCGUGCUCCUCCGCGCCCCGCCUCCGCCCGCCCCGCGCUGGCCCGGCUCUCCUCCCGCUGUUGCCGCAGCUGCCGGUCGCACACGCUUUGGCGGCGGCGCGGGCCUGCGGAGCGGCGGGCGGGUACCCUCCGAGGGCGGCGCGGAGCUCCCGCAGCAGGAGGCGGCGGCGGCACCGCUCGGCUCUCGGCCCGCGCCCCUCCAGCUUUCUUUCGCCGUCCUGAGCGCCGGCCCUCUGCUUUGUGCGGGAGAUGGUGUAGCCCCGCCGCCCAAGCAGAAGCGCGCCGGUCUUGCGUCCCCGUGUGGCGUCCCGCCCCUGAAGGAGAGCCCGUCGGCAGGCGCUCCCCGCUCUCCCCGCCGCCGGAAAAGCCUCGGCGCCGCCAGCACCAUGAGUGAACAGAGUAUCUGUCAGGCAAGAGCUGCUGUGAUGGUUUAUGAUGAUGCCAAUAAGAAGUGGGUGCCAGCUGGUGGCUCAACUGGGUUCAGCAGAGUUCAUAUAUAUCACCAUACAGGCAACAACACAUUCAGAGUGGUGGGCAGGAAGAUUCAGGACCAUCAGGUCGUGAUAAAUUGUGCCAUUCCUAAAGGGUUGAAGUACAAUCAAGCUACACAGACUUUCCACCAAUGGCGAGAUGCUAGACAGGUGUAUGGUCUCAACUUUGGCAGCAAAGAGGAUGCCAAUGUCUUCGCAAGUGCCAUGAUGCAUGCCUUAGAAGUGUUGAAUUCACAGGAAACAGCCCAGAGCAAGGUUACUGCUACCCAGGACAGCACUAAUUUGCGAUGUAUUUUCUGUGGGCCAACAUUGCCCAGACAAAAUUCACAACUACCUGCCCAAGUUCAGAACGGCCCAUCACAAGAAGAAUUGGAAAUUCAGAGAAGGCAACUACAAGAACAGCAACGGCAAAAGGAGCUGGAGAGGGAGCGGCUGGAGAGGGAAAGAAUGGAGAGGGAACGCGAGCGGCUGGAGAGGGAGCGCCUGGAGCAGGAGCAACUGGAGAGGGAGAGACAGGAAAGGGAGCGGCAAGAGCGGCUGGACAGGGACCGUGAGUGGCUGGAGCGGCUGGACCGCGAGCGGCAGGAGCAGCUGGAGCGGGAGCAGCUGGAGCGGGAGCGCAGGAUCCCCAGCGCCGCUGCCCCUGCCUCUGUGGAGACUCCUCUAAACUCUGUGCUGGGAGACUCCUCUGCUUCUGAGCCAGGCUUGCAGGCAGCCUCUCAGCCGGCCGAGACUCCAGCCCAACAGGGCAUUGCCUCGGGACCCCCUGCACCUCCCCCGCCUCCCCCGCUCCCCCCAGGCCCCGCCCAGGCACCCUCCACACUCCCGCCUCUCCCGGCCCCACCCCCGCCCCCACCCCUGCCGGCCUCAGGGCCCCCGCCUCCCCCGCCACCGCCCCCUCUUCCUAAUCAGGUGCCCCCUCCUCCGCCUCCGCCUCCGCCUCCGCCUCCGCCUCCCGCCCCUCCCCUCCCGGCGUCUGGAUUGUUUGCGGGAUCAGUGUCUGAAGACAAUCGCCCUUUAACUGGACUUGCAGCCGCAAUUGCUGGAGCGAAACUUAGGAAGGUGUCACGGAUGGAGGAUGCCUCUUUCCCAAGCGGGGGGAAUGUCGGUGUGAAUUCAGCCUCACUGAAAACAGACACUGGUCGUGGGAAUGGACCCCUUCCCUUAGGGGGUGGUGGUUUAAUGGAAGAAAUGAGUGCCCUCCUGGCCAGGAGGAGAAGAAUUGCUGAAAAGGGAUCAACAGUAGAGACAGAACAAAAAGAGGACAAAAACGAAGAUUCAGAGCCUGUAACUUCUAAGGCCUCUUCAGCAAGUACACCUGAACCAACGAGAAAACCUUGGGAAAGAACAAAUACAAUGAAUGGCUGCAAGUCACCUGUUAUCUCCAGACGGGAUUCUCCAAGGAAAAAUCAGAUUGUUUUUGACAACAGGUCCUGUGAUUCAUUACACAGACCAAAAUCUGCACCCUCAUCACAGCCCAGUGCCAAUGGAGUCCCAACCGAGGGCCUGGAUUACGACAGGCUGAAGCAGGACAUCUUAGAUGAAAUGAGGAAAGAAUUAACAAAGCUGAAGGAAGAGCUCAUUGAGGCAAUCAGGCAGGAACUGAGCAAGUCAAAUACGGCAUAGAGAAACAAACUAAGGAGAGAUAGGACUUUAUCUGGAGGAAAAAAAAAAACCCCUACAAACAACUGUUAACAACCCCCUAAAUUAUGUGAGCUGUAAGAAGAGAACAGAGACACAGUCAGAAGGAGGGAGAAACCAACACGCUUCGAAAGCCCUCAGACAUGAUUACUCUGACCGUAAGCUGUUUCCCUCCUGUUCGCUGCUUUCUUCUGACCUUUACAGCGGGAUGGAAGAGAGUCGUGUAAGAGUAACAGUUACACAGAAAAUACAGGCCUGGCCAGCAAGAUCACCGUGCAUUGAAAUACUUUCAAGUCAAGAUAAAAUUGCACAUUUUCCACAAUUCAUUGCUAACAUAAAGAGGAGAAAGGCUUAUGAAAUUUUUUUCAGAGAGUGCUGAUAAAGAGUUCAAGUUAUGCUGUUGAAUUGUAAAGGUUUCUCUCAGGUUCAUCUUCCUAUCGUAUUUGAUGUUCCAUGAAUAAUUGUGGUCAGCCUUGUGUAGGUUAAGAUCAUAAAAUGUGGAAUAAAUGGGAUUAUUGUGUGAGCUUUCAAAAGGUGGUAUUUAUAAGAAAGUGUCCUAAAAAUGAUUUGUCUGUCCAGCUUGAGGAAUUUUAGAAUGAUAAAAAGUCUCUUGAGUUAGCCUUCAUGCAAUUUUGUAGAUUGAAACAUAAAAAUCGUCCAGAAUUUAAAGAUUUAGAUGCCUUCCUAAAUUGUUAAAAUGCUUUACCAAAUCUAUGACUCCUACAUAACACAAACCACUGGUCAAAUGUAAAACAAUGUAUUGUAGAUUUACUGUAGGUUUUCAACCUUUUUUAGAUUUAUGCAUGUGGACCUUUUUAUAAUGUAAUUAUAACCACCACAAAAUUAGAUUUUUAAUUGCAGACAGUAAUGCAUGUCACACAAAUAUGUAGUGGCCUUUUGAAGGCCUAGUCCCAGGGAAAACAUUUUGUAGAGUUUAGGGGAGUGGGAGGAAGGGAAGGAAUAAUUUUUUAUUUAAAGUUAAUUUCUGCACUGUCUUUUUUCUCAAUUACCUGCAUGAAUAAUAAUGAGGAAUAUUUUGUGACUUUAAUUGGUAAAUAUGUUAACAGACCAAGUAGUUAAUCUUUUACAUCAUGUCUUCAGCUGUUUGUAUUUUAACAUCAGUAAUUUCAGUGGUCUGAAACAUGGUUCUGAGCUUCACAUGAACUAUAUCUCACUGUGGAACUCAAAGAUUGAUCCCUGAAUUUGGCAUUUGUUAUUAUCUGGGUGCCCUGUGAUUAUACAGGUGUUCAGGUACAUGUUCUUGACUAUGAAGCUGCUUUUGAAUUUUGUAAUGUUGAAAUAUAAAAAGUAACAAUGAGGGCAGCAGUUAAGGUCACAGAAAUCAUUAGGUACAGGGAAACCAAUGAGGAGUUCUGCAUAAUUAUCUUCUCAUAAGUGAAAGGAGACUGAGGUGGUGGAGGAAAGAAUUAGAUGCUACGCUUACCAACAUGUGUGUGUAUUUAUGGGGUGUGUUUGCUCACGCGCAUGUGGUAUGCAAUCUACUCCCUUUUCUUUGAAUGCAUUAAGAUUAAAAUAGGGAAGAAGUACUGUAUGUUGAAAUCACAGGCUUUUUUGAAAAUUCAGGAAAUCAAAAAUUCUCCAGGCUCUCCAUCUUGAUUUAUGUUUGAAUUGUUAUGUGCCAUAUUUGUUUUGAAAUCUGAUUACCAGAAAGAAGUUUCACUAAAAUUUUAAAGAAAAUACCCAUUUUCAUCUGCCUUCCAGGCUUCUUAGUCUCAGUUCAUAAAACAGAGCUUGCUGAUAGCAUAGUUUUCUAAAUGCUGCAGAUAUGUAACCUUUACCACUUUAAAGAGGUUUGAAUGAGGGAAUUUUUUUCCUUGUUAAAAAGUUCCUGUUUCUGUAGAAACUUCAUUUUUAGAUUGAGCUAUCAUAAUUCAAGUAUACAGUUCUUUUUCUGUCAACUCUUCUUUAUCAUACUACUGCAUAUUAAAGAUGCAGAAAGCUUAUAAAGUACUAUUUUUUAAAAAAUAGGCAUUUUCAUCUUUAUUACUAUAUUUUUGGUUAUGCAAACACUUUGAUGAUAUAAACGUUUGGUCCUCUAUAAAUCUGGUCAGAAAUAACUUUUAAUUUUGUUGGUUAAGUUAGAUAGUCUAUAGUAGGAUAGAGUACUGGGUACAAGUGGUCCAAAGUAAAGUAAAAGAGUUCAAUAAAAUGCUAGAUCUUAACAAGAAGCUGGUUUAUGCACUAAACGUUUUGUGCCUUGGUCUAAUUAACAUGAUGUCCAUGUAAAAUGACAAAAAAAAAAAACAGUGUUGAAUCACAUUACAUCAUUUUGCAUUAUCCCAGAUCACUACAUGUGUUCUUCCCAAGACGUUUGACCGAAGUCAGUAUACCUUUCCCGUCCUGUGUGACAGUUUUUGUCAGUUAGAGAUUUCAGUAAUUAAAAUGGAAAACAGAAGCUUAAGUUAAUUUCUUUGUCAGAACUGUGUUCUUGGAACCACAUUAUUAUGAUGGUUUUCAUGCUUGUGUAUAUUGGGUGUCUUAAGCUGAGUGCAGUUUAGGAGGUCCUUUCUAAUUACAGGGGGUUCUUUUCCCAACACUGUGAUCUGACCAUGACAGGUCUGUACUACACACCGUGUAAAUGGCUGACAAGUCAACUGCAAACCUACUGAAUGUAUAAACCUUACGCUGGUGCUGAAAUCUCUUCAGAAUAGUCAUCACUAUUGCACAGUUUGUUUUGGAAUUUGCAAGCAUUAGGUGUCAAGUCAACACUGAAGAUGAAUGUUGAGUUCUCAUGCUUAGGUGUACUGCCUUUGUAGACCUUUCGGUUCUCUGCUGUUUUUACCGCACUGUUUCAUUUAAAUUUCCUACACGCUAACUUCAUCUGUGCGAUUGAAAUAAAAUUGCAGUAUAUACAUGUUGCUUGUUUGUGACACUUAGAUAAUCUGAAAUAAUGUCAGUUCUCAAGUUAUAUUGAAUGUGAAAAACUUCUUAAAAUCCAUGACUUCACUACUUAAAGUUACAAACCACUUUAAGAUUUCACAUGUCAUAAAUACUAAGUAAUGUAUUCAAAGGGAAUAUGUGAUAAUGUGUCUACUUUGUGUUUGUAAUAACUGGGCAUGUCCCUUUUGUUCUUAUUUUCUCUCAGCCCAGCUUAACAUAGUCCUACCCUUGUAGUCAAGAGAAUGAUGUUUAAUUUUAUUCCAUUUUGUUCUACAACAUAGAUACUUAAACUCAUUUAUGCAGUUAAAAUGUUCUUUUAUAUAGUUUGCGGGAUAAAGGACAUUGAGUAGUAAAAAGCCUUAUCAGGUACUGAAUUUUAAAUACAGUAAAAUUUGUAUCAUAA